AUGGGGAGGACGCGCCCGAAAAAGCUCACCUCCAAGGCCUCCAUCCCCAUAGUUCGGGAGCACGACAUAGAUCUUAUCGACGAUGAAAUCCAAAAUGCCCUACAACAGAUCGAGACCGGCGUGGAAAAGGCUGAGGAAUCGGAAUUCCAUCUUCAGGUCGCCAUAAAUGCGGCUGCGCAGGGAAAAGUAAAAGAUGCCCAUAUUCCGACGCCGGAAACGGUCCUCAGUAACCUGCGCUAUGAUGAGCUCUACCCGCCUAUCUUUUCGCAACCUGCGACCUACAUUCGCUUCUCUGCUACGGUAGAGGACUGUUGCGGAGCCCCGUAUUGCAUGGAUGAGGAAGACGAUGUCUUCCUCAAGAUCUUCAACCAAAAACGCGAUGCGGGUAGUCGGUGCACCGAGGACCAGUUCGAAGAAGUUAUGAGCUUCUUCGAGCUCACUUCGCGAAAGGAGCAGCCAUAUGCUUUUGUAGAUAAUUCGCCCCUCAUGAGCUUCGAAGAAUUUCAACAGGCGAUGGAUCCAGCUGUAGAGGAGAGUGUAAAGCGGUUCGCCAAGGACAUCUAUGAAUACUGGAAGUCCAGGAGAACCAGCAACGGGAACGAACCCCUACUUCCUACACCGAAGGUUGAGGCUGGUCGAGACACCGAUGAUACAGACCCGUAUGUCUGCUUCCGUAGGCGUGAGGUGCGGCAGACGCGCAAGACCCGUGGCAGGGAUGCGCAGAGUGCCGAUAAGCUGAGGAGACUCAGGAAGGAGCUGGAAGAUGCUCGACAGAUGGUCGCUUUGGUGCGCCAACGCGAGCUAGCGAGGAAGGAGAUGCUGGCCAUCGAACGCCAAGUGUUCUUGCAGAGAUCGGAGGUCAAGGAAAUGAAGAGGAAGCUCAACAUCAAGGACGAUGAUGAGGACCUCAUCAACCAGAAGCCGAAGAAGAAGCCAGUAGAAGCACCAGCUGUGCAACGCCCGGCCGCGCCUCAACUGCGCAUGCCCCCCAAGGCUGGUACACAAGCUGCAGAAGACUUACAGCUGUUGGAGGAUGUUCAGGCAGAGAAGGAGAACGAGAUUCAGCGCGAUAUCAAGCAGAAUAUCGCCAAGCACAUCAAGUGGAACGAGGGCUAUGUGGAUUUCACAAGAGCACCUCUCUCCCCGUCGCCAGAGCGAACAUUCGAUGCUGCUUCUUUCCGCCCUGCAAUCACCACUCAACUGCCCACGCCACCAUCAUCGGAAUCGUCCGAUAAUAUGCUGGAUUCGCCCUUAGAUACCACGAGUGCCAUUGCUCUCCGAGAUAAAUUAGCUCCACAUGCCAUGGAAUUGAGUGUGGACACCAGCAAGAUGCCCUCAUUCAGACGACGUAUCGGGCGUGGCGGUCGUCUGUGGAUCGAUCGUCGAAAUCUGGUGUCCCGUUGUAGAGUCGAAAUGGAUCCGUGGAAGGCCGAUCGGUUCAAGUAUGAUCAGGAGGACUCGGACGAGGAUCUCGAAUUUGAAGGAGAUCAGUACGAUAUCCAGAUCAUGCAGCAUCGGGCGAUCAUGGCAGCCAAAGCCCGAGACCAAGCAGCGGCGGCAGCUCAAGCCCAUGCGCAGGCGCAGGCUCAACAAGCUCAGGCUCAGGCUCAGGCUCAACGGCGAUUGCAGGCCGAGCAGACGUCGGCGACCAAUCCAACAAGUGGAGGGCAAACCAUGGGAUCCAAUCCCGGGCCUGGCGCCAUUGCCUCCACUUCAGAGACCUAA